CUCCAUCCCCAAUUGCUUUGAUCCAGGCUAAAGAGAUAACAAGGCACAGCGUUGCCUUGGCUUGGCUGGAACCCGACAGGCCAAAUGGAGUUAUUCUGGAGUAUGAAGUCAAAUACUAUGAAAAGGACCAAAAUGAGCGCAGCUAUCGCAUUGUGAAGACAGCCUCCAGGAAUACUGAUAUCAAAGGCUUGAAUCCCCUGACUUCAUAUGUUUUUCACGUGAGGGCCAGGACAGCAGCAGGCUAUGGAGACUUCAGUGGACCAUUUGAGUUCACAACUAACACAGUUCCUUCCCCCAUCAUUGGCGAUGGUACCAAUCCCACAGUGCUUCUUGUUUCAGUGGCUGGCAGUGUUGUUCUUGUGGUCAUUCUCAUUGCAGCCUUUGUCAUCAGCAGGAGGCGCAGUAAGUACAGUAAGGCUAAGCAAGAGGCAGAUGAGGAGAAGCAUUUGAACCAAGGUGUUAGAACAUAUGUGGAUCCUUUUACAUAUGAGGAUCCAAACCAAGCUGUGAGGGAAUUUGCUAAAGAAAUUGAUGCGUCCUGCAUAAAGAUUGAAAAAGUUAUUGGUGUGGGCGAAUUUGGUGAAGUAUGCAGUGGACGUCUCAAGGUACCAGGAAAAAGAGAGAUCUGUGUUGCUAUCAAGACUCUAAAAGCUGGUUACACUGAUAAACAAAGGAGAGACUUCCUGAGUGAGGCCAGCAUCAUGGGACAAUUUGACCAUCCCAAUAUCAUCCACUUGGAGGGUGUAGUUACUAAAUGUAAACCGGUAAUGAUUAUAACUGAGUACAUGGAGAAUGGCUCCUUGGAUGCCUUCCUCAGGAAGAACGAUGGCAGAUUUACAGUCAUCCAGUUGGUGGGAAUGCUUCGUGGCAUUGGCUCAGGAAUGAAGUAUCUGUCUGACAUGAGCUAUGUGCAUCGGGAUCUAGCUGCUCGAAACAUACUCGUCAACAGCAACUUGGUCUGCAAAGUGUCUGACUUUGGCAUGUCCCGAGUCCUGGAAGACGACCCUGAAGCAGCUUAUACCACACGGGGUGGUAAGAUCCCCAUCAGGUGGACUGCACCAGAGGCAAUUGCCUACCGUAAAUUUACAUCGGCGAGUGAUGUGUGGAGCUAUGGCAUCGUCAUGUGGGAAGUGAUGUCCUAUGGAGAGAGGCCUUACUGGGAUAUGUCCAAUCAAGAUGUUAUUAAAGCCAUUGAAGAAGGGUAUCGGCUGCCACCCCCGAUGGACUGCCCCAUUGCUCUCCAUCAGCUGAUGUUAGACUGCUGGCAGAAGGAACGCAGUGACAGGCCUAAAUUUGGACAGAUAGUCAACAUGCUGGACAAACUCAUCCGCAACCCCAACAGCCUGAAGAGGACAGGCAGUGAGAGCUCCAGACCUAGCACAGCCCUGCUGGAUCCUAGCUCCCCUGAGUUCUCGGCGGUUGUUUCUGUUAGUGACUGGCUCCAAGCCAUUAAAAUGGAGCGAUACAAGGAUAACUUCACAGCUGCUGGCUAUACCACCCUAGAGGCUGUGGUGCAUAUGAACCAGGAUGACCUGGCAAGGAUUGGGAUCACUGCCAUCGCACACCAGAACAAGAUCUUGAGCAGCGUUCAAGCAAUGCGCACCCAAAUGCAACAGAUGCACGGCAGGAUGGUUCCCGUCUGAGCCAGCACUGAAUAAACUCAAAACUCUUGAAAUUAGUUUACCUCAUCCAUGCACUUUAAUUGAAGAACUGCACUUUUUUUACUUCGUCUCCUCGCCCGUCGAAAUAAAGAUCUGCAGCAUUGCUUGAUGUACAGAUUGUGGAAACUGAGCGUGUGUGUUGGGAGGGAGGCCUCCAGAAAUGACAAGCCGUCAUUUUAAACCAGACCUGGAACAAAUUGUUUCUUGGAACAUACUUCUCUGUUGAUCAACGAUAUGUAAAAUACAUGUAUCUAUAUAAAUAUAAAGUCACAUUCAAGUUCUGAUGCUAUGUUUGCUGCCAGAUACUGUGCUUAAAAAACAAAAACAAAAUUACUUUCCUUCUCCUUGUGACCUGUAGGAUUACAACCAUAGUGUUUUAUUUGUGGGUGAAACCACCGUUGUGCAUCUUUCACUGGAAUGAAGAAUCUGCCCUAGGAUAUUUUUUGCAGACUUGUUGCAUCACUAAUACCUUGCAGAAACUUCAGUGAGAAUAUCAUUUAACUAAUCAGUGCCUGCCAGUUAGUGAUCUACCCAUUUACAGGCUUGAGACAUGAAAUGACGCACCUCAUGGAUUACUGGGCAAAACUGGACUCCUGGCUCUUGUGCUGUGCUGAAGCCUACCACUUAAAGACAUUUUGUGAGCAUCUUGCCAGUAGUCAGCUGUGACAAUCGUGGCUGUGGAGCUUUCAGACUUCCUUUCUCUUUCAAGAAGCAAUUCCAUUUGCCACAC